AUGCCUCUUCCCCGCCGCCGCUCCUCCUUCCUGGGUCAGUCUUCCUCUGAGCGUCCGGCCGCUGCGUCCUGCGGCCGGAUCAGCUCCACCAGCACCAGCGCUCCCCGCGGCGUGUUCGUGGGCUCCGCCCCUCCCAUGGGGGGGGUGUCGGGUCUGGGGACGCGCGUGUCCCGGCGCGCUCUGGGCAUCAGCAGCGUGUUCCUGCAGGGCAUGAGGAGCACCGCCGCGCCCGUGCUGCCCCGCGGCGGGGAGCGCGCGGCGGGUCACGGAGCAGCUGCAGCAGGACUGAACAGCUGUUUGAUGGAGUACCGGGACAAGGUCCGGGCCCUGGAGACCCUGAACCAGCAGCUGGAGGAGCAGAUCCGCCUCUGCCUGGACCGCAAAGCCUCCAGCGCGGGAGCCUGGGGGCCGCUGAGGAGGGAGUGGGAGGAGGUGUACAGACAGGUCAGUGAAGCCAUCCUGGACAACGCUCGGCUGAUGCUGCAGACGGAGAAUGUUCAGGCCAACGCAGAGGACUUUAAGGACAGGUAUGAGAACGAGCAGCCCUUCAGGAAGGCGGUGGAGGAGGAGAUCAACUCUCUGUAUAAAGUGAUCGAUGAUGCGAACCUGACGAAGGCGGAGCUCGAGGACCAGAUGGAGAACAUGAGAGCGGACCUGAGGAACCUGGAGCGGAACCACGAGCAGGACGUGCGUCUCCUCUACAGUCAGAUGUCUGGACGUGAGGUGGACCAACCAGACGCUCCCAUAGAAACCAGUCUGGACCAGAUCCUGUCCUACAUCAGGAACCACUGGGAGAAGGUGACGGAGAGGAACCGGGCCGACACCGACAGCUACCUGGAGUGUAAGGAGGCGCAGUGUGUCAGCAGCAGGUUGAGUCCAGAGGAGAAGCAGGUGGAGGCGCUGAAGGCCGAGUGCAGCGACGCCGGCUGUAAGAUCCAGAGUCUGCAGGCUGAGACUGAGUCCAUCAGAGCGCUGAAACGCGGGCUGGAGAACUCUCUGGGAGACGCUCGGCACUGGCACGAUGUGGAGCUGCAGAAUCUGGGCUCAGUGGUGGCGAAGCUGGAGGCGGAGCUAUCUGACGUCCGCGGAGAGAUCGAGCAGCAGCGCCGUGACUACGACACGUUGCUAAGCAACAAGCAGCGUCUGGAGCAGGAGAUCGGCAUGUACCACGGUAUCCUGGAUGGAGAGGAGAGCCGCUUCCAACCCAACGAACCACUGUGUUCAGGUCUGCAGUCCGGUGCUGAAGGAGCAGCUCCAGACUUCAGGAGUGAUGCUGCAGGACUUGCAGGACAGUGAUGGAGGAUCUGAGGAUCUGAGGAGCAGAUGUUUGUGUUUCUACUGUUUCCUUCCUGCUGAGCUGUGAGUGAUCAGCUCCUCCAUCACAGGACACAAAGAAGAAGAGAUCUGAGCAACAUAAACCAGAGCUGUGCUAGAGCCUGAACUCUAAACUACAGCAGUCAAGUUUCCACCACAUGAUGUCACUGUGAUGUCACUGCGAUGUCACUGCGGUGUCACUGCGGUGUCACUGUGAUGUCACCGUGAUGUCACCGUGAUGUCACUGUGAUGUCACUGCGAUGUCACCGUGAUGUCACCGUGAUGUCACUGCGGUGUCACCGUGAUGUCACUGCGGUGUCACCGUGAUGUCACUGCGGUGUCACUGUGAUGUCACUGCGGUGCUGAGUGAAGAGGAUUCAGAUGAAACAGAACAAAGGAAUCAGUGAAGACUGAAGCGGCUGCUGGAGGCUGACUUUGUUUUUAUGUUGAUGGAUUUAUGGUUU